AUGACGUCGAAGUUUUUGCAAAACAUCCUCGAAGCCACCAGUGAGAUUUCAGAGUUCAGCAAUAACCAUUCACCUGCUCAUAGCAGUUGGGUGGAAAUAUUACCGCAUAACCAUGAGCCGCACACAUCCGUACAGAAAAGCGAAGCUCUUGUCAAUCCUAGGCGUGCGUUCCUGCUGAAACAAUACGACAGACUUCGAUAUUGGACCAGGAUCACGUCCGGCAUCACAAAUUUUAUUUCAGCACUGUUUUCAAUCUUCACGGAAUCGAUCAUGAUUUACACCAUCUACAAACUCCAUAUAACGAAAGACCUCUUCGUGGAAGGUCGACCCUGGGGACCAUGGGCCAGAGGUAGUGUUCUCUGGCCGACUUUCAUGCUGUUUACAGGCUCCAUCAUCACUUCUUUGCUGGCAUUGACAGCACUAGUUGCUCUUUGGUGUCAAGCCGAACAUAAGGCAGCAUUCUUCAGCGUUUUAUAUGCUACCGUUCAUAUCGUAGCAUGGGUGGUUGUUUCGGUGGUAUAUAAGGUUGAGAAAACUGAAAAAGACCUUUGGGGCUGGAGUUGCACCGACAAAGCCAAGGCAAUUCAACAUCAACUUGGAAGCAACAAGGUGGAUUUUGAGAGCUUGUGCAAGCUUCAGGUGAGUCUGAUUCUGAGUCUCUCAGCCUCCAAUUCCCUCUCAAAAUCCGCAAGUGAUCGCCAGAGACCAGCGAUGUCUGACACUGGAUCUGCCCAGACAUCCUCCUGGGAAGUCUCGGUCACCGAGGUGGUGAUUAAAAUAUUUGCGACGGGUGUCUCCAGCUACCUCGAUGGAAAACAAGAAGGACUGAAGACCAAGCUUGUCGGCGACGUCGGUUCGGCAGUCUUUGGUCAGCUGACAGGUUGA